UUUGUUGCUCUUGUAUUAUUUUGUCGAAAGUAUAUUACCACCGAGAAAAACGAAAACUUUACAUUUUCCGUAUUUUUUUUAAUUAUCAAACGAAUAUAAAGAAAUAUUUUUAGACACCUUUGUGAACAAUGUGGAAGUUUUAAAGCUAAAGAAAAAAGGCAAAUCUUACCAUAAAGAACGACCCAAGCAGCUGAAAUAAUAAAAGAAACCAAGAAGAUUACGAUUGCAAUAACAUGGCUACGCGUGGAGGUCCAAUGAUAACAGGAACAGAUGGAACGGAUUUUGAAUAUAGGCAGCGGGUAGCAGCACCUCAUCAAAUUAGUUUAUUAAAUAAAUCACGACUGAAAUAUUGCAUUUUCUUUCAUGCCUUGCUGUUUUUUGUCAUGUUGGCUAAGUUAACCUCCGAUAUAUUAGACCGUUUGGAUGUAUUUGUUUUGGAAAUUGAAGAAUUGGAGGUACCGUCCCCAUUGUGGUGGGAAUACAUAUGGUUGAGCUCACUGUUAACAUCAUUCUUGGGUUUAUCUGCUGCUCGUGCUAACAAAAUACGCAAAAUGCAGGAAUACAUGUUUGCCAUCGGCUUAUUUGCUUUAUUACCUUUACUUUAUUGUUUUAUUUACUAUUUCGGAGAUGUUUGGGAAUAUUUAACAUUAGAUGAGAAUAUCGAUUUAGAAGAAACAGAAAUCUUUUUAUGGCGCGGUAUGCCCUAUGGUUUGUUAUGGCACGCUUUUUGCUUUGUGGGUUUUCAGAUACAUGGUUUCACUCUUUAUUUUUCCUACAAUCUAGUCAAGGCUUGGAAGGCGCGUACGGCAGCUCGAAAAUAUCAAUAAAUCAAGUUAAAUUAUGAUUGCCAUCUAUUCUGAUAAGAUACAAAGCGCGAUAUAAAUUUAUAUUUAUGUAAGCAGAAAAGAUUACGAAAUUCGUUGAUAGUUCAUAGGACUUCAAGAGGAUUCUUGUUAACUAUUGUCUGUAGGAUGUCAAAAAACAAAGGAUUUUAAAAAUUAUCUUAAUGUAAUAAAUAAAUAUAUUUAGAAAUAUUGUUAUGCAUAAAAACUUUUAAAACUAAAACAAUGGAAGCUUUAUUGCUAUUUAAAUGUUCAGUUAAAUAUUGUGUUUGCAAAAAAAAAUAUUUGUGUUGUUAUCCCAACCCUUAAUUUAUUUUCAUUAUAAUGUUACUCGUUUAUUAAUGAAAGUUUAUACAUAUAUAUGUACGUACACGUGCAUACAUGGCCAUAACUCUUUGGCACUUUAAAAAACUGAUAAAUAUUUAAAUCGUUCAACUGCCUUAUUUAGAUAAAAAAGAUAACUUGUAGCUCAAGUAAAGCACGUAAUUAAAGGUUUUUAGUUCUUUUUAAACCAAUUUGUGGAAAUUAUUUGUGAGAAAUUAAAGCAAGAAUUGAAAAAUAUUUACACAAAUUCGCUUG